AUGGCGCGGUAUUUGACGUACAGCAACGCGAGCGAAGUGCUGGAUUCGGUGUAUCGAGCCAGUUCGCUCGCCGAAAACUGCCUGCAUCGAUUGGUCGACUCGCUGGCGGAGCGCAGCGUGCUGGAGGAGUGCAGAACGCAGCUGGGCGAGCUGGAAGUGAACGGGGUUUUCCUGUUUCCGUUCGUUCCGUUCGCGAGCUGCGCGGAGUUGGAGCUGAAAUUGUCGAAGAUCGACGCGAAUUUUGUGCAGAAUUUAACGAUCACGCUGUCGAAUUUGGGCGCGUUGAUCUUCGUGCUGCAGCAAUUCGCGGUUUUGUCGAAUCGAAAGGAAUUCGAGGGCGUGUUUAAGGAGAUUCUGCGGAAUUUCCGCGCGUUGUGUUGGAAGCAGGUGCCGAAGGAAGCGCUGCUGGUUUUGCUGGUGGUCGUGUUUCGCUAUGCGCAGAAGUCGAGGCAUUACAAUGCGGCGUUGUACGGAGAUAACGUGAGCUUCGCGCUGGGAUUCUUUUUGUAUUUGUGCGGAUUGACCGAGGAAUUCGAAGUGAUGAACGUGUUUGAGAUGCUGCAAUCGCACUUGAUAUCCUGAAUGAAGUGAAUGAAGUGAAUCAUUGAUUGAUUGAUUGAUUGAUUGAAUGAAUGAAUGAAUGAAUGAAUGAAUGAAUGAAUGAAUGAAUGAAUGAAUGAAUGAAUGAAUGAAUGAAUGAAUGAAUGAAUGAAUGAAUGAAUGAAUGAAUGAAUGAAUGAAUGAAUGAAUGAAAUAAAAUGAAUGAAUGAAUGAAUGAAAUAAAAUGAAUGAAGUGAAUUGAAGUGAAUCAUUGAUUCAUUGAAUGAAUUGAUUGAAUUGAAUCGAAUUGAAUUGAAUGAAAUGAAUGAUUUGAUUGAGUCAUUGAAUGAAUUGAUUGAAUCGGUUUGCUUAACUGCACGAUGAGUUUUAUCACGUCAGCACGCACGAUCGAUUCUCUUCAGAGAUGGAGAAUCCGAUGAAAGCGCGAGGGAGAAGCGAAUCAGUGACGAAGACGCGAGCCAAGACGCAGACAAGCUCGAAUAACAGCGAGUAUUGGAAACGAAGCCAGUAUAUCACGUAUCUCCGCAAUAUAUUUGAAAUCACCGUGUUUAUGUUCC